AUGUUCAAUUGUUUGGAGCCUGUGUCCAUCACGUCAGCGGGCUGUCACUGCUACGAGGUUUCAUACAAACUCAGGGUGGCCUUGGAGUUAGGCUCCCACGCACCCUGCCACAAUCAGGGUUAUCUGCCAGUCUGCAGACAGGCGUCAAAGAAAAAGACUGUGAUUUCAGCAAGUCUUCAUUCCUCACCCGAACACUGCAUUCGAAACCAGCGGGCGUGCACACUGACGGGACACGAGUCCGCCAUAGGCUCGAUAUCACGUGGUUCCGACUGGAGACUGGGCCCGACGCGUCAGGCCGAGGCCGGAGUUUGGGCGAACACGGUGGAGCGGCGUGAUCUUAGACCCUUCGCAAAAGGCUCAGACACAGCCACACAGACCACGGACAACACUUGCGAUUGGAUCUCCACAACUGUUCUAAGCUCUACUUCGGGCCAAAUUGGUACGGAAUCCACCUACAGUGGUCCGCCGGGCGGUCACGCAAAGCGGCGGGCAGAACGCGAGCACAAACACAGAUCUCGGCAGAUGUUUCCACCAGCUCUUUCACCGCCCAACUUUGAACUUGGUUCAGUAGCCGAGCAAUAA